AUGCGUCUUUUGAGGACCGACAUUCCCGAUUCAGGAAUACUUGAAAUCGAAGAAUUCAGCCAUGCUGAUAUCCCACACUACGCUAUCCUAUCGCAUAGAUGGGGAGCAGAAGAGGUUACCUUGCAAGAUAUCAAGUCAGCCAAUACAGAGGGAAAAGGAUAUAAAAAGAUCAAAGGCUGCUGCAAGAUCGCAAAAGAUGAAGGGCUUGAAUUUGUUUGGAUAGAUACUUGCUGCAUCGAUAAGGCGAGUAGUGCAGAGCUGUCUGAAGCAAUCAAUUCUAUGUACUUUUGGUACGAACUUGCCGACGUCUGCUACGCAUAUCUUGAUGAUGUGUCUUCAAGAAGAAGGAGAAGUAGAAGAAAAAAGAAAGAAGGGGAAAGUAAAAAACAACGAGGAAGAAGAGGAGGAAGAAGAAAAACAGAAAGCAUGAUACCAGAGAGCAAAUGGUUCAAGAGAGGAUGGACUCUUCAAGAGCUAAUCGCUCCGAGAGAAGUGGUUUUCUUCGAUAAGAGAUGGAAAAGGCUAGGAGACAGGACAGACCUCGAAGAUAUAUUAUCUGAUCGUACCGGCAUACCCCAAAGCAUUCUUUCUGGAAAAGAUAGCCUUGGAACGAUUAGUGUCGCACAGAGAAUGUCCUGGGCAGCAGGGAGACAAACUUCAAGAAUUGAGGAUGAAGCCUAUUGCUUAAUGGGAAUUUUUGGCAUUAAUAUGCCGUUGCUAUACGGAGAAAGAGAAAACGCAUUCGUCAGACUCCAGGAAGAAAUUCUUCGGGUCUCAGAUGAUCUCAGUUUGUUUGCAUGGAGGUACAAGUAUGGAGUUGGACUUCUUGCACCCUCGCCAGCGGCAUUUCUUGAAUCAACCAACAUCAUCCGACGUAGGGGGUCCAACAAUGCCAGUAACCCUCCAACUGUGAGCAGUCGAGGGAUCUAUCUGGAAGUUCAUUUUAUAGGUAUAGGCCCUGGACUUGGACUUGCAGUUCUUGAUUGUCAAGAAGAAGAUAAUGGAGAAGAAAAAUUACUUGCUCUAUAUGUGCAAGAUAUUUUCUUGACCGGAAACCUUCUUUUUGGAGAGAAUUCCUUGACGAUGCAGCAAUUUGCAAGGGUCAAUAUGGAAAGACUCGACAAUAUUGAUCUGAAAAAACUAAAGAAUUAUCAGUGUCCGGUGAGAAGGAUAUGCGUGCAAACCAGUCAUCUGCGGAAGCUCAACUUUGAGGACGCAAACCAAAUUCAUUCAGUAACUUAUCCUAAAGAAGUUUUGACGCGUCUCAUGGGAUUAAGUCAUCUUGGGGCACUGGAAUACGCAACAGCUUUUAGGAGCGAGGAAAAGAGCGUGGAAAUUACCUGGUUAAUGUUGACCCGACAUGAUGUUGAGAGACACCUGAAGACGGAGAAAAACCCCAAAGUACUAUUCAAAGCCGUGGAAUCAAGUCAUGAUUCCUUUUUCAAGAUGCUAGUUAGCCGGGGCGCGAUGCUGAAUUCGGAAGGAUGGACGAAGAUAGUGAGGACCGCAAUUGAUGUUGGAUAUAUACCAAUGGUUAAGGCGAUACUUGAGAAUCACUUGAUGACAAACAGCAGCAGAGCCUUUGGUGAAGAAGCAUUAGAAUAUGCUGCAAGCUCAGAGAAGGAAUUGCUUUUUGAUUCAAUACUUAAUCUUGAGAUCUUGCCAACCGAUGGACAACUGCACAGAGCUGCCAAGAAGGGGCACUACUAUAUAUCCUUAAGCUACUUCUCGACGGGGGUGCAGCCGUUGAUGAGAAGCAAGCCCUCCCAUCUGCUAAUCAAGAUGGGGCCCCGAGAAGAUAUGUUCAAUUACUGCGAGAUACUCUCACAAAAUUGA